UUUUUUUUUUAUAUUUCUUUGUCUCUUUAUUCAACCCAAUGCAAACACAAGAAGAAAUUGAAGCAAUACAAGCAAAACAAACGAAUACAGAUGCACCUAUUCAUACAAGAGAUGCUAUAGCCAAUGAAGUUGUCAACAACAACAACAACACCAACAUUAAUCUUGUGUCAACUAAAGAGCUCAUUCCAGAUUUUCGUACACUUGGUCGCAACCAAGAAGGGUUUGCAACGGAAAUAGGUUCUAGUGAUGCAGAUAAAAUUAAAAAAGCCAUUGAAGCUGCUCAACAAAAGAAACCUAUAGAGAAAAUAAAGAGAACCCAAUCCACAAAACGCCGCCAACCUAUUGUGAACACGAUAGCAGGUUACAGGGUCAGUAAACCGUUACCUGAUGAUUCUCGUAUUGGUUGGACGGCCUUUUCGAAUAGGAUAAAUCCAGGUGGUUCACUUGGUAUAAAGGCUACUGAAAAAAAGAAUAAGCAUGAAGAAAUCUGGAUACCCAUGAGCUCUUUUAGUGAUGAAUGGCAUAACUUUGGGAUUAUUUUCAUUAUUGGUAUUUCGUUUUGGCUACUUGCUCGUUUAGGAGGGAGUAUAAACCUAUUUAUUUUUGGGCUCUGUUUUAUAGCUUCCUAUUUUAAAAUUUAUUACAAAAGGUUUACAGCACGUACAACAGAUGAUAUUAAAAAGGGAAUGGCUCAUAUCGCAUUGGAAAGUUCAGAAAAUGAAAAAGUAGAAUGGCUAAAUAAUCUUGUUCAAAAAUUUUGGUUAAUUUUCGAACAAAUACUUAGUACCUUUGUCAUUGAAAAUAUAGAUACUUAUUUAGUGGAUUAUUUACCCAGCUUCUUGGAUUCUGUUAGAUUAACUACAUUUACUUUGGGGUCAAAACCAUUUCGAAUUGAAAGCGUAAAAUCAUUUACAGAUACUGAUCCUGAUACAGUGUGUAUGGAUUGGACAGUUUCUUUUGUACCUAAUGAUACAAUUGGGAUGACAAAAGAACAAUUAAGCCAAAAGAUAAAUCCUAAAGUCGUCUUGAACAUUCGCCUUGGUAAAGGGUUUGUAGGAACAGCUUUCCCUGUACUUGUAGAAGAUAUGAGUUUUAAAGGCCGUAUAAGACUUAAGUUUCAAUUCACAAGUAAAAUGCCCCAUAUAAAAAUUGUGGAAGUUUGCUUCAUGGAAAAGCCUAUAUUCGACUAUGUUUUAAAGCCCAUAGGUGGGGAGGCCUUUGGUUUUGAUGUGAAUAAUAUUCCUGGACUUCAAAGUUUUGUAAGAGAUCAAGCUCAUGCUAUUUUAGGUCCUAUGCUCUAUUACCCAAACGUAUUCUCUUAUGAUAUUGAAAAAUUCUUUACCGGAGAAUUAGAUAUUAGUCAAGCCAAUGGUGUUUUGGCUGUUACUGUACAUUCUUGUUCAAAGAUUAAAUCAUCCGACUCUCAUUUAAAUCCAUUUGUUCGAUUCUUUUUAAACAAAGCUCAAGAAUUGGAAAAAACAUCUAUUUCUGAAGAUACACAUACACCUCAUUGGAAUGAAACCAAGUUCUUAUUGCUGAAUAAUUUAAAUUCUAUUUUAAUCAUGGAAUUAAGAACGACAAGUAACACAAAAAAGGCAGGUAAACGACUAGCGAGAGCCCAUUUUGAUUUGAGAGAUAUCAAAGAAAAUGAAGAUAUGCAAUUAGAUAAUUUAGAAUUACCUAUGCUUCGAAAUGGUAAAUUUAUUUCAAAUUUGAAAGUAGAUAUGCGCUAUUUCCCUGUAUCAAAGUCUAUUCAAAAUCCAGACGGAAGCAUUAUUGAAGCUGAACCAUCAAAUUCUGGUAUUGUUCGUAUAAUAAUUCAUGAAUGUAAGAACCUAGGUUCAAAUAAAGUGAACCCAUACGCCUUGAUAAAAAUCAAUGGCGUUGAUCGAUUCGAAACCCCAACAUUCAAACGUACAUCCAAUCCUAAAUUCGAAAGACCUUACGAAAUCAUGGUUUUGGAUCAAACUGAGGUCUUUAUUCGAGUCAGCAUAAUUGAUCGUAUUGAUUUUGCAGGUGAUGAAUCAUUGGGUUCCUGGAACGCUUACUUGACAGAUAUCAUUGCUCAACAAGAAGAAAAAGAUUAUUGGUGGACUUUAAAGAAAAAAGGACAAGAUACAGCUGCACGUUUAAGAUUUAGUGUACAAUGGAAACCUGUUGUUAUGACUGGACUUGCUAGUAUGGGUGGUACUGGCAUCUAUAGUGCACCUGUAGGUGUUUUGCGAUUUUCAAUUUGGUCAGCGGAAAAUCUUAAUAGUGGUAGUCACAAUGCUUAUGUGAGAAUUAAAUCAGGAAGGCAAGUUCGAGCAAGAACUGAAAUCCUUGACAAUACAGAAACACCAGAAUGGGGUGAAUUUCAUUAUAUCCCUGUUCACUCUUUACAUGAGAACCUUAUACUUGAACUUAUGGAUUGGACUUCUGGUGCUAAAGAUAAAAAUCUCGGUACAACUGAGUUUCCUGUAAAGGAGAUUAUUAAACAAUGUAAGGAUGAGAAUGAAAAUAGUUGGUAUGAAGCUGCAGUGCCAAAACUUGACAGACAAUCACCCCUUCAAGCUAAUAAUGUAGUAAGAGGCUUUCUAGUUUAUUCUGUCGAAUUUUAUCCUGCUUUAGCCCUACCAGAAGCAAUGGAUGAAAAUGAAGAAAGUGAAACGGAGCAACAAGACAUGGAUAACAAACAAAGCAUAGCAUCGCCGACAAGGAUAACGAAUCAUCAAAAGAUUGUCAAUAGAAUGCAAAACUUAUUACCUAUGAUCGAUUUACAUGGAGUGCCUAUACGUUAUACACCAGAUGAUAUUAUUGACCUUUCUUGUUAUGGUAGUGGUAUUCUUACGGUUAAGAUUCAUGAAAUUAAAGCAAGUGAAGUAUAUGAAUGCUAUUGUCAAGUGAUGGUAGAUUCUUUAACAAGUCAACACAAGACAAACACUCUCAAGGGACGUACGAUAGUCUUUAAUGAGACGGCAGAUGCCUUUAUUAAGGAUUCAGGAUUUUCACGGGUCGCUAUUGAGCUUAAGCCUGCACAUAAGACAGAAAAGGACGAUGAUAAACUAGGUUACUGGUACGAAAGUAGUGAACGUAUCAUUCGUCACAUACAGCGAAGUAUUCGACAAAGGCUGUUAACAGCAGAAGGAAAUGCAUCUGACACAUCAUUAGUUGAUCUUAAUCAAAAGAUGCUGAUGCAUAUUGAAGAGGAUGAUGGUGAGUGGUAUAACUUGAUCAAUCCUGUUGGUGGUCCUGCACAAAUCAAACUUAGCUUUGGUUACGUACCUUUAUUGAAUUACAAAGUGAACCCUGAUGAAAGCUUAGAGAACCAAGGUAUUUUAACCGUCACUUUAUUGAAAGCGAAAGAUUUGAAAGCGGUUGAUAAGUCUGGUACAAGUGAUCCCUAUGUUGUCUUUACUGUCAAUGGCGAUAUUGUUUAUAAGAGUCAAGUCAUUAAGAAGAAUUGUAAUCCAAUUUGGACAAAUGAAAAAUUUGAAGUGCCAAUUAUGUCUCGUGUAACUGCCAGCUUUAGAAUUGAAGUAUUUGAUUGGAAUCAACUGGCCGGAGAUGUUCCAUUAGGUUCUGGAGGCAUAACUAUUCGAGGUGAUAUGGUCGAAAGUUUUAGUGCAAAAGAAAUAGAAAUACCUUUAGAUGGACAAGCAGGUGAUACAGGAUCAGUUAGAGUUCGAUUCAAAUGGGAUCCACAAUUAUUAUUACGUAGAAAGACGCAUACAACAUUUAUGGGCACUACACGUCGAAUGACGACUAAACUAGGGACAACGGUAUUUAACUGGAGCCAACCACCCAAAAAUACCACCAGAGAGAAUGUGUCUUCAUUAGGAUUAUUACCAGAAAAUCAACAGGAAAAAGAGAAUACAACAACACAGCAAAUCACAUCUUCAAGCCGAGGCAGAUUAACUAUUCAAAUAAUAGAAGCAAGAGGAUUAAAAGGAGAAAAUACGAUUGUAUAUGUUAAUUUAGGAAAGAAUCAAGUCAUGAAAUCAAAGAAAGUUAAAAAGACAACCACUCCUAAAUGGAACGAAAGCUUUACACAAGAAAUAUAUAAUAAAGAGGAUAUAACAAUAGAAUUUAAAGUAAAAGAAGUACAUACUUUUUAUUCUAUUGAAAUUGGUUUAUGGUCAAGUUCUCUUUGGGAUCUUAUUAGACCACCUAUUGUACAAACACUAGAUAAAUGGUUACCUUUGGGACCUGAAGGGAAUGGUGAAAUUCAUGUUAAAAUUGAUUAUCAAAUAGCCAAUUAAAAAUAAAUGAAUAAAUUAUAAUUCAAUACCAGUCUUGCAUCAUUUUUUUUUUUUAUGUGUGUGUGUAUAUAUACACAUACAUAUUAUAUUGUCAAUUAUAUUUUCUUUUCUUUUUUUUCUUCUUUUUC